UAAAACUCAUUGGGAAUGUGUAACAACUUCACAUUCCAGUUGACCACUGUUCGGGAGUGCUUCCAAAUCAACUACUGCAACUCAACAAUCAACAAGAUGCCGCUGCGUUUAGGUGACACCGUGCCCAACUUCAAGGCCCCUAGCACCCAGGGACCACUUCAAUUCUACGACUUUCAAGGAGAUUCUUGGGUGAUGUUAUUCUCUCAUCCUGCUGAUUUCACUCCUGUCUGCACUACUGAACUGGGAAGAAUCGCUGUUCAUGUCCCGUAUUUCCGCAAACGCAACGUGAAACUCUUGGCGCAUUCCUGCGAUAAACUGCAGUCGCAUGUUGACUGGGUGAAUGAUAUCAAGGAUUACUGCAAGGAUAUUCCCGGGGAGUUUCCCUACCCGAUUAUUUCCGAUGAGAAGCGUGAACUUGCUGUUUCCCUGGACAUGAUUGAUCAGAAUAAUAAGGAUAAAGAAGAUCAUGCGUUGACUGUGCGUGCGCUUUACAUCAUUGAUCCGCAGCAUAAACUAAGGUUAUCGAUGCAUUAUCCUGCUUCAACUGGACGUAAUGUUGAUGAAAUUUUGAGGGUCAUUGACUCUUUGCAAUUGGUUGAUCGCAUUCCGCAAAUUGCUACGCCUGCCAACUGGGUGCCUGGCGAAAAAGUAAUGAUUCUGCCGUCAGUAAAAGAAGAAGAAAUCGAAAAACUGUUUCCUGGUGGAGUCGAUCGUGUCUCCAUGCCAUCUGGCAACGUCUACGUACGCACAACCACUGAUUACAAGAUGUAAUUGUUAAUUAUUCAUCAAUAAUCCAUCAAUAAUAUUUACUCAUUUAUAACUUUUUGUGUUUCUAUAUAUUUUACUUGAAUAAUGACUUGAAAUUCAAUAAAAAUACUGGUUUAUACUUGUUAUAAUGAAACAAUAAAAUAUUUUAACGUUUGCCAAAAA